UGUUGGAGUCUUCGGGGUUGUACAUCCCGCUAGGGUGACGUAGAAUCACAACAAUGGCAGUGCCUGCGGCAACCGUCGUUCUUCUACUCUCGAUUUCAGUUGUUUCUUCGAAAACCAUCUCCGGAAAGGAGAAUUCAGUCAAUUCAGUCUUCGAUGACAAGGCGGAGAGGGGUCCCCGAGUGAAGGAAGAUGUCACUUGGCCCGGAUUCCCCUACCUGAAGCAAGUCUCAGCUGUUUCCGUGGACGGCAAUGGGAACCUACACGUAUUCCACAGGGCGGACAGAGUGUGGGACUCUCAUACUUUCGAUCGGACAUACCGACUGGUGGACACGGAGCGGGGUCCGAUCCCGAAUGACACGGUGCUCGUCAUCGACACCAGCAAUGGGAAGAUACUCUACAGCUGGGGAGCAAACAGAUUUUACAUGCCUCAUGGACUGACCGUAGACUAUUUUGGAAACACGUGGGUGACGGACGUCGGCUUGCACCAGGUAUUCAUGUUCCCCUCUCCAGAAGGGAAUCCCGACCUGAUGAUCGGCGACCCCUUCAUCCCUGGCGCCGGCAAGAACCACCUGUGCCAACCGUCAGAUGUGGCCGUCUUGCGGAGCGGGCACUUCUUCGUGAGCGACGGGUACUGCAACUCGCGGAUACUCAUGUUCUCUCCCGGAGGAAGACUGCUCAAAGAGAUCGGAUCAAAAGAUGGCAUGUUGGUGCCGCACAGCUUGACGCUGGUGCCCGAGCACCACGCCGUGUGCGUGGCUGACAGGGAGAAUGGAAGGGUCCUUUGCUACUCGACGGGGAUGGACGAAUCGGAGUCGGGGAAACUACUUGCAACUAUCGAGAACCAGGGUCUCGGGAGAGUCUUCGCCAUCGACACCAGGGGUAAGCAGCUGUUCUUGGUGAACGGACCAGAUUUGUGGCAAAAUAGCCAAUCGGUCUCCUCUGACCAUGGACUUGUACUGGAUAUUGAAUCAGGAUUACCCAUGACUCUCUGGGGCCCUGAUAAGGGAUUUCGGCUGCCCCACGACCUGGCCGUGUCACCGGAUGGCAAAUAUGUCUACGUCUCGGAGAUUGAUCUGUCUGCUCAAAAGAGAGUGUACAAGUUUAACAUCUGGGAUUGAGACUGGACCUGCUCACGACACCGAGAAGACAGAGACUUCCGAAAUGAACCGAUAUACUGCUUAUACUUCUUUCUGAUGAAUCACUUUUAAAAUUCUGUCAUUUUUUUUAGAGUGAGGGGCAUAAAAGUCAACUAGAGACACAAUUUAACACUAUCCAAAAUACAACUUUACCAUGGAUUUUAAUUACCUCAAAAUAUCGGAUAAUGCUAUAAUUUAUUUAUGCCCCAGUAUUGCAGAAAAUUUAUUUGAUAUACGUUGUCAUAUUGUUGGGAUUUUCUGAAGCGAUGCACUUUAUAAAAUAUUCAUUUGUCACUGAAAUUGCGUUAUUGGGGCUCAGUCCGUCUGAAAUGUUCUUCUUAACUGCAGAAAAAUUCUUAAACAGGUUAAAUUAAUAGAAGUCAUUACCUCUGUAUUAUAAAAUACAGGACGAACUGAGAGAUCCUUACAUGCUUAUGCAAUGGAGGCCAUUCAUUUGACGUCAUGAGGAACCUAAAUGCUGCAGCGUAGUUGGGUGGGGAAGACAGAGGAAGUGCCUUGGGCGCCAUUACCAGGGUCACAAAAACCAUUUAUUUUAUUUAAAAAAAAAAUUUAAUUUUGAUUCCAUAAUUUUUUUUUAAAAAUGAAGAUACUCCCAAUGAAGUGAAAAAGGCCAUAUCAAAUAGUGCCCUUUUUACAAUCUGGAAGCUAGGAUUCUCAAAUAACAAAUAGUUUUAUUUUCAAGAUAUCUGCAGAGGGAAACCUCACCUGUGAAAAAAAAAAGUUCGAAGUAGUUCUUUUAAGAGAUUUAAACUUCUGUGGGUAUAUAUAUAUAUAUAUAUAUAUAUAUAUAUAUAUAUAUAUA